GGGUGAGGUAAGAUGGCGACGUGCGGCGUGCUGGGGCUUCAGCUACAUGUUGAGCGGCGUUGUGGUGCCCAAGUCCAAGGUAAGUUGGUGCUGAGGUGGAGGUGAAGGUUCAAUGUUGGAUUUCCAGGCGUUUAUGCUGUCGGGGUCCAAAGACCCUGAUGGUCGUCCGCCCGGAAACCCAGAGGCAUCCAUUGCCGCCGGACGACAAUAUUGAACACUGUAAUUGCCCUGUACGGCCCACUGUAGUAAGGUAGCCACUGUACCAGGUGCAGUACCAGCUGGCCGGGUUAGUACCCAGCGCUCCAGCGUCUAAAAGGCUGGGCUGGUGGCGGCUCCACGCUCUGCCCAGACCGGCAACGCAGCUCAGGGCAGCAGCUUGGGCAGGCAAUUGAGGCAGGCCCUUGCGUGCUCCGCCUCACCUGAGAUUCUGCUUUUCGCCUCCCUGCCAACUUGGCUCGACUGACGCAGCCUGCCCUCCGCACGCUUCCCUCCAACUUCCCGACUCUUCUUCAGCCUCGAAAGAAAAGGAAAGACAGGCAACCUUGCUUCGUCCCUACCGCCCUGCCUCACUUCACCGUCAUCCAACCUUCGCGACCGGGGCCCCGUCUCGACAUCGUGACGACGACCGCCCGCCAGACUAUCGUCGAUCGCCAACCACCCAUCGCAUCGCCUGAUCCCGCCUGGCCAGAUUCCUCACCUGUUUGUUGCCUGCCUCCACUGCGGGCCGCCGCUCUGAUAAGGACGACCCUGCCGUUGUCCAUUCACGCCUCCUUGUUCGCGACAACGGGUCGCUGUGUAACCACAAAACACCUCGUCUCCCCCCAAUUUCGCCUUCCGCCUCGCACCCAGUCGACUCCAACGAUAGAUCUUCGCUGCUCUGCUGGUCGCACAGGGUCGCAUCUGCGCCCCCCGCCGCUCACACGAAAACGACCGGCCCCUUGGCGCUGCACCGGCUGCCGCGCCUGCAACCCCAGAGCUCCACUUGACUGCGAGCUGCGACUGACGACGCCCGAGCCCGUCCGUUCGCACGUCGCACCGCCCUGCACCUCGCGUCGUUAACCGCCACUGCUCGAGUUACUUUUUAAGGUUAUUCGAGCCUUCGUCCUCUGCUGCGCGUGCGUCCGAACCGAGCGGCCUUAAGGGACCGCGUCCCCCCCGAUUUCUCAACCGUCGCCGCCCGGGCAGCCACCUCGGCCUCUUCUCUCGAUUGCAGCCUUGUCUGCCGUCCAGCGUGUAUUCUCCCGCGACUCGACCAGCGACGAAAUAGGAGCUCUGUUUGAUGGCUUCUGCGGGUUCCUUCCCAGGCCCGACGUCGUUUCGCCUGGCGAAGCUCGCCCAAGAUGCCUAUGACUAUCCCAUGAGGGUCUUCCAGGCCGCGCCGCCUGAGACCCAUCCUUCCCUGCCGCACCUUACACUCCUCGUCUUCGAGGCCGUUCUCGAGGUCGUGUGCGUCAGUCUGCCUGGCUACAUCAUCGCCCGGCUCGGCCACUUCGACGCCGACAAGCAAAAGUUCCUUGCCAACCUCAACGUGAUGCUAUUCACGCCAUGCCUCAUCUUCACCAAGUUAGCCUCGCAGCUCAACGCUGAAAAGUUAUCAGAGCUUGCCAUUAUCCCUGCCAUUUUUGUUGUGCAGACGCUGGUGUCAUGGGUCGUGGCCGUUGCCGUCGCCAAGGUCUUUAGGUUUAACAAGCGAGCCGCCAACUUCGUCACCGCAAUGGGCGUCUUCGGGAACUCCAACUCGUUGCCGAUAUCUCUCGUCCUGUCGCUGUCGCAGACCAUCAAGGGGCUGCAUUGGGACCGGAUUCCUGGCGACAACGACGACGAAGUCGGCGCACGUGGCAUCCUCUACCUUCUCAUUUUCCAGCAGCUAGGUCAGCUUGUGCGCUGGAGCUGGGGCUACCACGUGCUGCUCGCCUCCAAGGACAAGUACCCGGAGUACCAGCAGCACAUAGCCGAGGAGGGACAGUAUCGCGGUGAGGACCACGAGGACCAGGAGGCUGAGCGACUCAUGGCCGGUCUGGAUGGAGACACCGAGGAGGAGGGGGAGGAAGACGAGGGGAGCGUCGACUCGCACACGUAUGUGCCCGCUGGCCGCACUCCUGUAGUCGGCACGUCGACGGCCUCUGUGGCCGACUCCAGCGACGACGAGUUCUCCCCCAAGAAGUCGCCUUCCAAGGUCGGGUCAACUCCAGUCAAUGGCAACCAUCUGACACUCAACGGGAACGAGCCCCACUACAUGGCCUUUCCCCAUGUCGGAAGCAGUAGCAGCAUCUCCCAGCUCUAUCCCAAUGGCGACAGCAUGCUUGCUCGAGCAAAGGCUACUGUUGUCAGGAAGGUCCGGGCAAUCGGUGCCAGGGUCGCCGCUUUUUUCUCGCGCUUGUACCAGGCUCUACCUCGACCAGUUCAGGUCACGCUAUCGUUCAUGGCCAUUGCGGUUCAGAAAACCUGCAACUUUGUUUGGGAGUUCAUGAAUCCUCCGCUGUGGGCGAUGCUGAUGGCCGUCCUGGUGGCGUCGAUCCCCAAGCUACAAGAGCUUUUCUUCGAAGAGGGCUCCUUCAUCAACAACAGUGUGACCAAUGCGGUCAAGUCGAGUGGCGGCGUCGCGGUGCCUCUGAUUCUGGUGGUGCUUGGUGCUAACCUGGCGAGGAACACGAUGGCGCACGACGAUGCGCACGACCCCGAGGAGGAGCAGAUUGGUACUAAGCUGCUCGUCGCGUCGCUGUUGAGCCGCAUGGUGCUGCCGACCGCCAUCAUGGCACCAAUCCUUGCUGUGACGGCAAAGUACCUCCCCAUCAGCAUUCUCGACGACCCAAUCUUCAUUGUGGUCUGCUUCCUGUUGACCGGUGCCCCGAGCGCCUUGCAACUGGCACAGAUCUGCCAGAUCAACGCUGUGUACGAGAAGACAAUGGGCCGUCUGCUGUUCCAGAGCUACGUCAUCUGGAUUCUGCCCUCGACGCUGAUUCUCGUCAUGAUGGCGCUCGAAGUCGUGGCGUGGGCCACUUGAGGCUCUUCCAGGCACGGGUCAUCUUCGCUUGAGGCGAUGUGGCGGGGCAUUGGUUAUGGCACAUGUUUGGCGUUUGUGUGAGGAAUCGCGCCGUGCUCUCAUUUGGACACCGCUUCGUUAUCUGGGUCACAAAAAUGCUGGGCUCUGAGGCAGACGCUGCUUCUCUAUACCUAGCUCGGGUCGAAGGAAACAGGGAGACAUGGCAUACUGUAGCGGGCGUUGAAGGGUUUCAUUGUGUUUGGCCGCGGCGGACCAGUUCGUUUGCACAAGAUGAUGGCUUUUCGGUGCAGGAUCGAGGCAGGUCGGGCGCCGCACGCCGCGGAGAUGGAAACGAGACGAGCUUGAAGACAGCCAGUGCGGUAUCGCAGAGUGAAUUAAUUGCUCGGCCGGCGGGGUUGGGAUACUUGUACAAAGUAUAGUACGAC